AUGGAGUGGGCUAAGAAGACAUACAACGAGCAAUAUGAGUCGUGGGUGCCGUGGCUAGAGGAUAUCUAUCUUCGAUGGUUUACGAAAGACAAUAAAGCCAGCUACACGACCAAGAGCAACUUGGAUCAGGCCAAAGUUACGAACAUUGAGCAAGUUGAUUCCCUACAAGACGGCGUUAACGACCUUGCGGCUUCCCAGAUUGGCCAGGGUGGUCUCUUGCAAUCGGCUGGAGACAUGGUAUCACAACAUGGUCUGACUCGCGCUGAGCGUCAAGGAAAGGACGAACAGGGCGGGAUUAAGAGAGUAAGAGGUGUGCUUGAAAAGGAGCAAAUAAGGAAUCUCGACAAGAUUGAACAACAUCCUUUCAAGGAGCACGGAAUGAAUGAAAUUGGCCUAUCUUAA